GUCAUGCACUCGCGGCGAGGCCUGUUUGGGCCUUGAGCGCACACGGCCUUGACUACCGUCUUUUCAUGUGAGCUAGCGCUGCAGAGAUGCAGCAGCGUUAGAUAUAUGUACAGGGGGUGAUCGGCAGCCGCGGCAGCCAGCAGCCAGCCAAACAACACCCAACAACAUUCCUAUCAUGGCGGCAGCAGCGAACGAGCAUAACCAAGCCUACGCGUACGCCGCGGACCGCGCGUCCGCCGAGAAGGGCACCGGCAGCGACACGGACGCCGACUCCCGCACCAACGUCUUCGCGGCGCUCGUCGCAGAGGAGGCCGACCACGACAUCAAGUACCGCACCCUGUCGUGGCGGAAGGCCACGCUGCUGCUGUUUGGCGAGUAUGUGUGCCUCGCCAUCCUCGCGCUGCCGUGGAGCUUUAGCGUGCUCGGCUGGGUCACGGGGUUGAUCGUGCAGAUUGGUAUCGGGCUCAUUACGUGGUACACAUCCUACGUCCUCUGGCAGUACCAGAUGCGCCACCCCGACUGCCGCGACAUUUGCGAUAUCGCCGCCAAGCUCUUCCCGCGCUUCGGCCGGCUGGCGUACGAGGCGACGGCGGUCAUGCUGCUGCUGAACAACCUGUUCGUGGUGGGCUUCCAUGUGUUUACGGGUGCCAAGAUCCUCAACACCCUCGACGACUCAAAGAUGUGCAACGUCGUCUUCCAGGUCGUCUCAGCAAUUAUCGGCAUCAUUGUCUCCCUCCCCCGCACGCUCAACCACGUCUCCCUCAUGUCCGUCGUCAGCGCAUCCUGCAUGGGCAUCGCCAUCCUCCUCUCGCUCGUGUAUGUCGGCAUCGAGCCCCACCCGGGCGUAGGCUACGGCAAGCACGGCGUGUACCCCGGCCUCGGCGAGGUCAAGACGUACGCCGGCAUUCCGGGCGGCAGCGUCAGCUUUGUCGACGGCGUGAAUGCUAUGCUUAACAUUACCUUCUUGUGGAUUGGGCAGAUCCUCUACCCCUCCUUCAUCGCCGAGAUGCGCGAGCCGCGCGACUUCCCCAAGGCCCUCGCAGCGCUCACGCUCCUCGAGAUGAUCCUCUUCACGGUCGUCAGCGUGGUCGGAUACCGCUACCUGGGGCAGUACGCCACCGCGCCCAUGAUGGGCUCGCUCGCAAACACAAAGUACAAGAAGAGCGCGUUCGCCUUUGUGCUCGUCCCGACCGUCGUCAUUGGCGCAAUCUACUCCAACGUCGCGGCAAAGUACGUGUACAACCGCAUCAUCGGGCCCAACUCGCGCCACACGCACUCGCACACGCUCGUCGGGUGGGGCACGUGGGUCGGUAUCGUCGUGGCUAUCUGGGCUAUUGGCUUCGUGCUGGGCAACGUCAUCCCCUCCAUGGGCGACUUCCUCUCCAUCAUGUCGGGCGCGUUCGACUCGUUCUUCGGCUUCUUCUUCUGGGCCGUCGCAUACUACCACCUCAACCGCGGCAGCCUGUUCUCGAGCGUCUCCAAGACCGCCCAGUCCAUCCUCAACGUCUUCAUCUUCGCCAUCGGCCUCUUCAUGCUCGGCCCAGGCCUGUACACGUCCGUCAAGGCCAUCAUCCUCGACUAUGCCGGCCCGACCCGCAAGCCGUUCAGCUGUACCCCUGUGGCGAUCUAGUUUGUUGUAGUGGCUAUGGUGAGGUGUGAUGCAGGGUUUGUGCGAUCUAGACGACGUGAUGGAGUGUAGGCCGUUCUAGCUUGCUUGCUCAC